AUCAAAUUGAUCAUUUACGACGAUUAUUAUUACGAGAGUGCAUUUUCAACGAUGGUAAUUGAUAUAUUACGAUUAGAUUUGAAGAAAUUGCAUUCCCGAGAUCUAUAAGGAACGAUCUCGUUGAAGUUGGAGGAUGCAACAACAGGAUAAACAAGAAUUGGAAGAGGAUCAACGAGGAAUUACGAUAAUGCCAUCAUCUUCUUCCUCGUCUAACACGACGACUAUCGCGAUGACGGAAGAGGAUCAUCGGCAAGUAGAUGCUGCUGCUACCAGUAUCGCGGUAGAAUCGAGUUUACCGAAUUUCACGCUUCACAGCGUUGCCCUCGGUCUACAGAGUGCAAUAUUGGCUGCCCUUCAAAGGGCAGCCUUGUUACCACCCGAUCAUGCUGCGGUCGCUGCUUUGAAUCUUCAAGCUCUUGAUACUUAUCUAACCCUUCAUCGUCUUCAAGCGAGCGGUGCUGUUGCUACGGCCGGUGUUGUUAAUCAACAAAGAUGUUCACCAUCGUUAAACACGGAUUUGGAUGAAACCAACGUCGUACCAACUACGACUAAUUCGAGAACGAUCACGAAGAUGGUAGAUAACACGAAACAUGAUCAUGAUGAUCAUCAUCAUCAUCAUCAUCAGCAACAACAACAACAAUUAGAAACCGAACAACUUCAUGGAUCAAUCGACGAGGACGAAGAUGGUGCUCGUUUAGAAUUCGUCGCAGAUCCCGAAGAGGAUUUAGCCCUUUUGGAAGAAGAGGAAUCACUUUUAAGGGACACCUGUGGUGGUGGUGGUGGAGGAAUUGCCACAUCCUCAUCCUCCUCGUCAAACGUUUCUACAAAUUCUCACGAACUUCUCUUACGUCGAAUAUCCGAAGGAAAUCGUUCGAAUUCUAUCACGUCGAUCUCACAAAUCAACAACCAAGUACCAUCUACAACAACCACUUCAUCUUCCUCCCUAUGUUCGUCAACAUCAUCGACUUCCACUACUUCUUAUUCUUCCAAUUCAAAUAAUACCAAUACUACCCUACAAGCAACCUCAACUUCUAUUGUCGAUCCUGGUAUACAAAAAUCUUGUCGAGCGUCAAGACCGAAGAAACAAUUUAUCUGCAAGUUUUGUAGCCGACAAUUUACUAAGAGUUAUAACUUAUUGAUACAUGAAAGAACCCAUACCGACGAGAGACCAUACUCCUGCGAUAUUUGUGGCAAAGCUUUCCGACGGCAAGAUCAUCUUCGAGAUCAUAGGUACAUUCACAGUAAAGAAAAACCAUUCAAGUGCGCCGAAUGUGGAAAAGGAUUUUGUCAGAGCAGAACAUUGGCCGUUCACAAGAUUUUACAUAUGGAAGAAUCACCCCAUAAGUGUCCGGUUUGCGCGAGAAGUUUCAAUCAAAGGAGCAAUUUGAAGACACACCUGUUAACUCAUACAGAUAUCAAACCUUAUCACUGUGCCUCCUGUGGCAAAGUAUUUCGAAGAAAUUGCGAUCUUAGGCGACAUUCUCUGACCCAUAAUCUUGGCGUUUCAACGUCACCACCACCGCAAACUGGAGGAGGGGGUGGAGGAAUAGCUGUACCUGGCACGAGCACUGUUGUUCUUCAAAAGACAUCCUAGCGAGCGUUGUUUUAAAAAAAAUGUUUAAAUUUAUAAGUAAAAUAACAAAAUGGAGGAUUUAAUCUAUGAAGAAAUUUCGACGUGGGGUUCGUCGAAAUUCUCAAAAGACUUUUGCGUAAUUAUUUUUG